AUGCUCGGGUUUGCGCAGCCAUCCGUCUACGAGAAGUCCAAGUGCUUCUUCAGCUACGGCCGCCUCCCUCACAUUGACCCUCACCAGCUGCCGACAGCAUGGGAAGAUAGGGGCAAGCCGUGGUCGUCAGUCCUGCUCGAUGGACUGGUCAGCAAGGUUGACCUCGUCAUGCCCCAGGACCAAUGGCAGGCAGUCCAGGAGCGGCUCGUCGGCAACGUGCCUGCGCCAGAGUUCUGUAGGGUCACCAUGACCCUGCUGCAGAUUCUACGAGGCGACUUCUUCACCGAGUACAUCAAGAUAGGCGACAUCGUCAUGCUGUCCCGCGGCCGCAAUGGCCUUGACAACGUCUUCACCCUGAAGGACGGCCAGCUUACCAUGUGUCUGGACAAGGAGACGUACGAGCGCGCAGGCCUGGUCGGCAAGCCACACGGCGCAAAGGGAAACAGGGGCUUGAGGCCUCGCUGGGUGGUCGAGCUCGACCUCCGAAGCCCAUCAAUGUUACAUGGGAGACCCGGCUUUGACAGGCUUGUCUACGCCUGCAAGAACACCCUCACGGAGCCACUGACCUGGCUAUUCUGUAACGUGUCUAACAAGACCCCUGACCCCGACCCCUUGGAAGCUUUCCAGCCAACCAAGUUUAGGUCGUCACCACAGACCGCUGACCAUCUCGAUGUCGCGAUGCCACCUCUGACGCGACCUCCCGGAAUUGACACCGCCACCCGAGAUGGAGAGCUCCCCCAAUUCGCAAGCGAAGUCUACGAAUGGUUGUCGCUCGUGCGCCUCCAAAGCCCACGCGUGUCAUCGGCGGACUCGGUUGACCCAUAUCUGAGUCGGUACCACCCGCCUGGCGAGUCGGAACAAUGGCCCUGCGCGAGGCUAUGUACCGUCGUCUGGGAGGGGCUUCUGCCGCCCUGCUUCGCCCGCAAACUACUCGUCGAGGCGAUCCUCGCCUUGCCCUCGCAAUCAUGGUUUUCCCUGGCAGUCUCGGCCUUCCCCAAGGGCAUCAAUGGAGACAUAGCCGAGUCCACAUUUCUUCGACUGCCAGGCUCGCCAAGCGAGUACCUGCUGUGGGAUGUCAGAAGUCACGAGUAG